ACGUGGCCCUUCCCCUUCCGGAGUUCGGAAGAAGAAGCGACCCAGGACCCAGGACCCACCUGUCAGUGAAACGAACGCCAUGCCGUGGGCCCCACUCGGCAGCGAUGUGGCCCCCACUUGCAAAAUCGAGGACGCUAGCGAGCGUCCUCGAUUUUCCUCUUGCUAGGGUUUGUGGGAGAGAUCGCCGGCGGUGGCGGCGGUGGCGGCGGCGGAGGCGGAGGCGGAGGCGGUGUUGAGGAGAAAUGGAGGUCGAUGGAGGCGGAGACGAGUCGGCGGCGGCGGCGAUGGCUGACCCCGGCCGCGGGAAGAAGAGACCGCCUUCCCCCUCAACUCCUCCGACUCCGAGCGACGACGGGGAGGACUCCGACGACAGCUGCGCGGUCAGCGACGAGGAGGAGGAGGAAGACGAAGACGAAGGCGAGGAGGAUCAAGAAGGGAUGCACCGCCCAUUUACGGUUGAUGAUUUUCCAAGGCUUAGUAGUGAUCAUUCUGCGCAGACUGAAGCGCGGUAUAGAUUUCCAGAUCUUUGCCUUCAAGGCCCUUUGCCACUCAUUCUUUUCCGUGCCUUCAACGAUCCUCUCACUGACAAACGCAGGCAUUGGUUUGGUUCUGAUUACCGACUCGAUGACGAAUCUGAAAUCAAUGUCAACAGCGCUCGGACCGUUGAUUGCUUAAAUGGGUGUAGGUGCCAUUCGAUGAAUCUGCUCCAGUUGAUUGAUCUGUAAAUCUCUGGAUAUCGCCAUACCCAGCCUGGACGUGCCAAAAUCUUCGGGUUUUUUGCGGUGCGGGAUGACUUGGAACCUCUGCGCAACUAUGUCUUUAGGCAUGCGAUUGACAAUUAUGAAGCUGUCUCUGUGAAACCAAAGACGGGUAUGGCAUGUUUACCAUUGACUAGCCCAGCUCGAGGUAUUUGCAUUACAAGCCGUGCACUGUUUGAAUUCCAACUCUGUAUUCGGACUGAAGACUCACCUGAGGCUGAGGAUGAGCCCAAAGGUGGCACAUUGAUUGAAGGAUGCACUGAAUUCACCAACAUUUUGAGAUCAACAUCAUUCACCGAAACUGUCCGUCUGUAUGGUGAGAAGUGUGGGUUGGGUGUGAAGUUUCUUCUGCUUGUAAAUGCAGUUCAAGCAACAGUUGAUGUUGAGAUUAUACAUUCACGUGCUUGUGGCCUUAAUCUGAAGUUAUAUGCCAAAACCAGUGGCUUCAGCGAUGUGCUCCGUCUCUUCCGAGGUGUUGCACAAUCUAGUCGCAAAAUUAGUUCUGUUGUGGCGGUGGUGAGACGUAGUCACCUUGAUCUCUGUAUUGAAGGGUCUCCAGCGGAUAUCGAUCUUGGUGAGAAGCUGCCUUGUACAAGGUGGGAGCACAGAUUUGGUGCUGGUUUUCAUGGAACUGUAGAGGAAGUGGUGAAGCUUGGUGAUUUCACUACCAUUUCUGUGAAAGUCACCUGGAAAGCUGUCAGCAAGCUUCCGCCUUGAAUGGAUAGAGGGGCUUCUAUCUAUGCAUUGUAAAAACUGGAGUGUUAUCUGAGUGGCAUCUUUUGUAAGCUAUUUCCAUGUAUUAGUAUAGCAUUUACUCCUAACUCUUUAGACUUCGAUCUGCCCUAGUGUUAUGGGCAAUCCUGCCAGAUUAAUGAUAAACUCUUGGAAACAUUUGCGUGAUGGUAAUUGAAUCCUUAUUUUGGUGCUAGUCUGUAGAA